AUGCCGAUUGAUACAUGUUCUCCCGAUCUACAAUUAAGGAUCCCAAUUUCAAAGUUUCAAAAUUGGUUUUACUAUCACUGGCUUAGCACUUCUUCCGUCAACCUAACGAUGAGCAGUUCUUCCUCCUCCUCCCGUCAAGAAGCCCGCAGGCAUGUGUACGGUGUUCCAACAAAAUGUUGGUGUGGCCAACCCCUCGAUACCUGGGUCUCAGAGACUAAGGAGAAUCCUGGUCGCAGAUUUUACAGAUGCCGAAUUGCCCUACAGCACAAAACAGAGAGCCAUCUCUUCAAAUGGAUAGAGGAAGCCCUUCUUGACGAGAUACGAAUUGUAGACGCCAAGCACAUGGAUCUACUUAAUGACUUCCAAGCACUUACCAUUAAAACACAAGCUCAGCUCGAUUCACAGAGAAAUUGGAUUGGAAGUCGUGAUGAACAGCUCAAGAAAGAAAUGUUGCAGAUGACUACAUCCAUCGACGAGGCGACAAAGAAGAUGACAUAA